AUGUUGGAGGUAGUAAUGGAUCCCAAGACCAAGGUCCUUUCAUUGGACGAGUCGUCUACUGCGGACCUCAACGAGGUCGAACUGAAGGACGCCAAGCAUACUCUUGACUUGAUUAAUCUCUUGGUCAAGGACUUUACCCAGCUGAACAAGCCGUUUCCUCCGCCUGCGAACCAGGUCACCGCCAAGCACACCCAGGCUUCUCAGCAGCUGGUCAAAAACGGCGUCCAGGCUAUCCAGAAAAAGAAAACCGACGAGGCUAUAAAGCUUCUGCAGACCGCCCUUGAGAUUGUUCUUAGACGGCCCUACUGGGAGUCGGUCGCAGUUGCCCUCGAGGAGGCGAUCGCGUGCCUGGCUCCGCUGUGUGACGCCUAUACCCUGGCUCAAAUGUGGCCCGAGGCAUACAGCACUGCAACAAUGCUGACGCUUCUCAAGCCCAGCGACGCCUCACAUCUUUACCGCCGGGCUUACUCGCUUAUGGCCGUAGAGCGGUACGAGGACGCCCGUGAAAUUAUCGAGACUGGGUUAUCUAUGAAUGCUAACGAGCCUUUAUUUAAAGAAAUGCAGGAGUUUCUCAUCAAUCAAGCAUCUGCCAAGGAGCCUGAAAAAGAGAAGUAA